AUGGAUAGAUGGAGGGGUGUAUUACACCAUACAAUAAAUAUACACCAAAAGUUAUUAAAAGAGUCCGCUGUUGUACCAGAAUGUGAGCAUGGUGGGUUGACAGACAUUAACAAGAAAUUGUUGGAACCGGAUACUGAUGCUCACAAAACUUCAACAAAAGCAGUGGUAGAUACAAUAUUCAUACACACUUUGAAACACUACGUUAAUUUUCGACAUACUGGUGACAAUUUCCACCAGCACUUAUUGAUGUAUGCAGCCAAAAGAUUUCUUAUGGGUAUCAAAGACUAUAUUCAAAGAGGAAGAACAUAUGGAGUGCUGUUCCUAUCAAAGAACCAAAAUUAUAUUCUUAUAUUCUUAAAUAUUUUAAAGAGUUUGGGAGAACUUACUUGGCCUAUUCCCUCAGCAUUCCCACUACAGGCUGGUGAUCCACGACUGAUUAAUAGCAACAUUGCCAGUGUCGAAACAGAAUCCGUAAAAGAUUUGGUGGAGAAAAAAAAACUAUAUUUGCGCGAAAAAUUACUUUUUGCAACAACACAACAUAGUAAAAGCACAGAGAUAAAGCAGUCAAACAUUCUUGACAUAUUACUUAAAUCGACCUCUAUGAAAUCCUGUCAGUAG